AUGUUUUUUUUAUUUAUUUAUUGCGUGGUUGCACAUUAAUUUAAAAGUGACUCCAGAAUUCUCUAAUUGAAUGGAGAACAGCUCGAAUCAGAAUUAUAGAAGCCAGAACCAUUUUUAAUGAUGCUAUAUGCUCCAUGGUGUGGUCAUUGUAAGCAUUUGAUACCAGUAUUGGAUUAAUUGGCAGAUUAAGUGGAUUACAAAUUUAUUGCGGUUGAUUGGUAUAUAAGAAUAUCAAACUAGUGUUGCAAAUCCUGAUGCAAAGAAGAGAUUUGGAGUCAAGGGUUAUCCUACCUUAUUAUACGUAAAGGAUAACAAGACUCAUAAAUUCUAAGGCUAAAGAACACCCGAAUUAAUUACCAAGUUCAUUCAAGAAGAUUAUGCCCAAUCAAAGGAGAUAAGUGAUGUCCCUUAAUAUGAGCCUUACAAAGAGAAUUUUAUUGAUAAAUAUUUCAAUAAUAUUUGGAUAUUUGUAAACAAUAAAAUGAUAUCAUUAUUAGAUAGCAGUGAUUGUGUUGUCAGUCUUAACAAUUGUUGUAACUCUCCUUUGUAUCAAUGAUUACAAGGAGAAUAAAAAGUUGGACUAGGUGGAAAGGAAAUUGUAGGAGAAAAAGAAGGAAAAUUGAGAGCGUAUAAUAAUGUAUAUUGGAU